AUGGGAAAGUUUAUCGUGGGACCGAUAUCCGAUCGAGCAACUUGUGUUUCGGAUAAAUGGCGUUUGGUGCUCUUCGCCACUAGUUCCUAUGGAGUUAUGGGGCUAUCAUUCCUUUCCCUUGUAUUUGUGAAGACUCCCGCUCUGGCUCAGACAGCUUACACACUUGCUAUAGUUGCCAGUGGUUGGAACGCAGUUGGUACUUUGAAAGGCGCUCAAAUGGUGGCUAGACAGCAUGUUCAUAUUGUAAUGGCGGUAACCUCAUUUCUGCUCUGUGUCACAGUUCUUCUUAUACCGGUCGCUGUCAAUGCAGUGUGUCCAGAUAAUACACCAGAACAGUGGUCGCGCUUGUUUUUCGGAAUAAGUGUAAUAGUCAUUGCGUCCGUUAUACCUUUCGUAUUUCUCGCCCGAAGUGAUCCAGCACCUUGGACAGGAAAUAAGUGGUCGCGCUUGUUUUUCGGAAUAAGUGUAAUAGUCAUUGCGUCCGUUAUACCUUUCGUAUUUCUCGCCCGGAGCGAUCCAGCACCUUGGACAGGAAAUAAGAUUCAUGCGCCACCAGAAAAGAUCAGCAUAGAAAGGAGAGAAGAUAUGAAGAGCGACUCCACGCAACAAAGUUAA